GUCAGACGAAACCGAAUUUAUGUUAAAACAGCUUGCCAUACUCUGAUUGGUUCACUCCGCGUCCAGCUGCAAAGGUUCAUGUUUUCUGACUCGAGCAUCGAGCCUUUGCCAGUUUAUAGGAGCCAUCGAGCUCGAGGCUUGUACUCUGGCAUGCCCACAGCCUUUGCGCGUAAACCGGAAGUCCCUGACGCUCCAAUUGCGUGCGAUCCGAACGCAGCAUUAAAAGACAUAACUGAGGAUAGUCGGAGUUGCUCACAGUUUUCCACUUCUUGGGCGUUUCCGUUUAUCUUUCCGUCUGUGAUUUCGGGAUUUCCCAGUUUUUCAUGACCACUGGAAGGCAUCAUAAGCUCCACCUUCACCUCCACCCUUUCCGCCUCAGCACGCUAAAACCUCGAAUCUGAGUUUCGGACGGAGAGACCGAACCAACCCGGAAAUGGGUUCUUCUUCUCUGACUGCGUCUCUGCUCCUGCUGUCUCUGGUCUUCAUGCAGUUUGUCUCUGCUGCAGAUCAGAACAACGUGACAAUCAAAGCUGAACCUGGAGAUAACGUCAUUCUGACAUGUAAAGAUCCUGAACAGGGGAAAAUCACAAUCGCAGAGUGGAAGAGAACCGAUCUGGGAUCAUCAGAAUAUGUCCUCCUGUACAAAGAUGAGAAGAACAAUCCAGGAGCCCAGCAUCCAUCCUACAGGGACCGAGUUGAUCUGCUGCUAAUUCAGAUCAGGAUAGGAGACGUGUCUCUGAUUCUGAAGAACACGACGACUGAUGACAGCGGGACGUAUGAAUGUCGAGUUGAUACAGAAAAACAUGUGGAGAAACUGAUCAGCACCGUCAACCUCCAGGUUUCUCCUUCUCCUCCUCCAGAACCGUUUCCAGUCUGGGCCAAAGUUCUACUGGUUCUACCGGGUCUACUGGUUCUGGCUCUGGCUGCUGCUGGAGUUUCUGUUUAUUUCUGGCGCCGCUGGAAACCAGGUGAGUCUCUAGAGCUGCAUUACCCAUAAUGCCUUUGGUCAGGGUCUGUUCUCCUCCAGCGCAGGGCUGGUGCAUUGUGGGUCAUC